AUGGUUCGUAUCAUCAUAAAGGACAGAGGUGAUUUGAGCAUCUCUGAACUCAAGCUUCCAUUUAGUAGUGUGAUCUUCAUCAACAAUGAAUGGCAUGAUUCAGUGAGUGGCAAGAAAUUUCCUGUUAUUAACCCAGCAACUGAGGAGAUCAUCUGCCAUGUGGAAGAAGGGGACAAGGCAGACGUGGACAAAGCCGUGAAGGCUGCACGACAGGCUUUUCAGAUUGGCUCCCCAUGGCGCACCAUGGAUGCUUCAGAGAGGGGGCGGUUGCUGAACAAGCUGGCUGACUUAAUGAAAAGAGACCAUCUGCUGCUGGCUACAAUGGAAUCAAUGAAUGCUGGGAAAGUAUUUCCUCAUGCAUACACAAGGGAUUUAGAAGUCAGCAUAAAAACAUUAAAGUACUGUGCAGGCUGGGCUGACAAGAUCCAUGGCCAAACAAUACCAAGUGUGGACAGUGCUGUUGAGUUUGCACACCAAGGAGUGUUCUUCCAUCAGGGACAGUUGUGUAUAGCAGCAUCCAGGCUUUUUGUUGAGGAGUCAAUUUACGACGAGUUUGUGAAAAGGAGUGUUGAGCGGGCCAAGAAAUAUGUUCUUGGAAAUCCUCUGAAUGCAGGAAUAAAUCAAGGUCCUCAGAUUGAUAAGGAACAACACAAUAAAAUACUUGAUCUCAUUGAGAGUGGGAAGAAAGAAGGAGCCAAACUGGAGUGUGGUGGUGGACGCUGGGGGAACAAAGGCUUCUUUGUUCUGCCCACAGUGUUCUCCAAUGUUACUGACGAGAUGCGCAUUGCCAAAGAGGAGAUAUUUGGACCAGUGCAACAAAUCAUGAAGUUUAAAUCUAUAGAUGAUGUCAUCAAGAGAGCAAACAAUACCUCCUAUGGCCUGGCAGCUGGAGUCUUCACAAAAGACCUGGAUAAGGCCCUCACUGUUUCUUCUGCUCUGCAGGCCGGGGUAGUGUGGGUGAACUGCUAUUUGGCUAUGUCUGUCCAGUGUCCUUUUGGUGGAUUCAAGAUGUCUGGAAAUGGGCGAGAAAUGUAA